AUGACAAAUAUUGUUCAAAGUUUAGAGAACAUGGUAGAAGCUGGAGUCAAAGGUAUAAUGGGUUUGGCUGAAGGUGUUCUGAGUCCGACUUUGAAUAACGUAGAAUUACCCGACGUCCAUGGAGACGCAUCGACUGAUCCAUCAGGAAACGUUCCCCCUCCUCAACCUUCUCGACCGAUAGCUAUACCAUCGCCCGCCCCGGCAACUACGAAUGCUAUCGUUCAAACCAGUGGUGUGAGUAAGAUAUCAUUACCGAAACAGGAUUCUCUCAUUCAAACUCUUGACGUACCAUCCGGGUGGAUCCAUCUUCAGUCUACCUAUCUUGACGGAGAUAUUGGUCAGAAAAGAGUUCGAUCAUUUGGAAUCAAGAAUUUAGCGCAGUCCGAAGUUCAGGUCGAGGUGGAAAGUGAUUUAAGUGGUCAACUGGUCUUCUGGCUAGGAGAGGAUGAGCACAGCAUAAGCUCAUCCGCUUCAUCCACCUCGUCCUCUUCAACAAAUGCCGGUUCUCCCUCUCUUCACCUCACAUUACCACAAUCAUCAAUUGUUACUCUCUUCUUCGCUUUUCAGCCGUCUCACAGCGUACCUUCUACCCCGGCCCUCUCAGACUCGCCGCAUGAUGAUGGCGGUUUUACCCCUCGGGUUAAACCAGCUUUAGGUGGUACUCAUUCAUCCGAGAUGUCACCGAUUGGGGCUGGCUCACCCAGCGAUGGAGGAUCAUCGGAACUGAGUUCUUUCUCGAAAGGCUCAAGUCAGUCGGUAGCCGGAAGUUCAAAAGCCUCGUACUCAUUGCAAGGUUCUCGCCGUCCCGAACCUAUACACAGGGCAUUUUCAGUACAUGGAUCCAUCAUGCUUCGAGCCAUCAUAUCCGUAGCCGACUCUUCCCUCGCUACGUCUUCUGCUCAAUGUCCAAUGCCACAUCAAACCGUCAACCUUCCAUUUUUUGCGACCGUUUGUCGGUCUCUGUUCACCGCCGCCCCUAUUGAUCCUAUUCAAGGAAUGGUGGUUGGGUCCCAGAAGUCUUCAGGAGAAUUAGUUGUAGAUUUCGGAAGCGAAUCGGUAGUGGGAGGCCGAUAUCAUCGUGACAUCCUGUUGGUGAAUCGUUCCGAAAUCGAAUUAAUCUGGAAGACUACUGUGGUUUCAUCACCGUACAAAGAUGCAGUAUGGUUCGAGUUACGUGAUCUUGACUCCGAGAACGUAUUUGGAGUAGACCAUUCGUCUCAACCUGUUCCCCUUCCUUCGCUGUCAAGUCGACAUCUACGGUUGGAGCUAAGAGCAAAAGCAGCUAUACCGGAAUUUGAUUUCACCUUUUUAGUCUCGAACGCCAACCAAUCCGGCAAUGUUGUGACCUGUCGAGCUGUAGGAUCUACAUCAGCGGGAACAGCCGAUGAAUCACUCGUUCUGUUGAGUGGUGGAAAUGUGGAUUUUGGUCAAAUAGUGGAUGGAACGUGGUCAAGACAGAUGAUCACUUGUAAAAAUAACGGCGAUAAACCUAUCGACGUCAAGUUUUCCGCUACAAAAGGCUACGAUGUCGUUUUUAGACUUGCUGGUGUAGCUGGGGAAGACAUGGACGAAGACAUACCUUUGGAAAGACCAAGAGCAAGUUCUACAGCAACGACAAAAAGUGACAAGAAAUCAAGUGAAUUAGCACUGUCGAGGACAUCGACAAGAGAAGGAAGUCAUCGAGGCAGGGAACAGAACCAGGUUCAACAACAGGGUUUACGUGAUCCCCGAGCUGAAUCGCCCAUGUCAAAUGGACAAAGUACAAGUGUCCUCAGCACGAAUACCACCUCAGCAACCAAAUCUCGCCCUUCUUCGAUGUAUAGUUCGGAAAUGACAAAUGCCUAUUCGGCUCCCGGUGAUUUCGGUAGACCCUGGCAGAAUGUUGACGUUGAUUCGAAUUCGGCUUCAGGAUUCAGUGAUGCGCUAUCUAGCGAUGGUCAACAAAAGGAAAGAGACCAUUCUCAACCACCUUCUAGACCGUUAUCGAGAGUACCAAGCAGGACAUCGAGUUAUCUGCUUCACACAGGUGAUGAAGGAGAGUCAGAGGAAGAUGAUGAACCACCCUUUUUCGGUGGCGAUUCAGUUCAAGUGCCAAAACUUGCUACUACCUCAUCAAGCGCUUUGGCAAUGAUGAAUGAACAGAUUAUACCUAAUCAAAUUGAGGAAGUCACCAUGAGACCUGGAACCGAAUAUCGGAUAUACGUUCUACAUCGACCUGAAAUCGAUUCCAAAAAUGUACCUGAAAUAGCAGGAAAAUUGAGACAAUCAAAUUUCAAAGUAUAUUUAGAUUAUUCACCUUCUUCAAACAGAUCAAAUAUAAAUUCAACUUCAGUCUCAAAAUCGAGUUCAAGACGGACACUAAAUUGCCUAAUCGAAUCCUGUACUUCAUUGAUUUCAUUACCUGAAGGUAGGAUAUUAGAUUUCGGUCAAGUGACAGUCGGGGCUUCGAAAUCACAGUUACUGAAAGUUCAGAAUUUAUCUCAGUUAAGUGCAAAGGUUGAGAUCGCGGCUAUAUCAAAAGUUAUAAACGUGAAUAGAAACGUUAUCAUCAUUCCCCCUUUUGAGACUGUUGAGGAGAAAUUCGAAUUCUUCCCAAGGAGAAUCAACGAAAGUUAUGAGAAGGAAUGUUUCGUUAGAAAUUUGUUGCAUAGGAAGAAUGAUCAAGUCGUCGAAAUUCGUUCCAAGAAUGUUGAUGUCUACAACCUCACCUUACACUCACACUUGUACCGUAUCCUCACGCCAUCUGGAAGCAAUUUCCUCGACUUCGGCAAUGUAGUGAUCAAUGCUCCUACUGUGCGGACAAUGCAUGUGGAGAAUCUUUCUCAUACUCAACUGGUUCUAGACCUCUACGCGUCUCAGCCGGAAGAUAUCGGUCUCUACAUCAAAGCCGAGGAUGCACCGAUCGUAUCGGGUAAGCCAAAAUCUGUGCUCGGUAAUUAUUCGGAAAUCGAGAACACACUUGAACGAAUUACUUCUCCUCCAAACGGCGAGCUAAAAGAGCGAUUCAUGGAAACCCUCCAAGAACUCAGUGUGAAAAAUGCUUCCGGUGGCGUCGCUAAGACGAAAAGCAAAGUGAGGGAAAAGAGCGUUGGUAAACCCAAGAAAGAAGAUGGAGAGAAAGAGACCAAAAGUGUAGGUCAACAAGUAGCAGCAGCUCUGAAAAAGGGUGGAAGAGGUAGACCUGUACAACUUUACGGCAACUCGGUCGUAUUCAAAGACAGAGCACUGCUAGAACCCCAUGAGUACCUCGACCUCGCUUGUGGACCACCAGUAUGCGCUCACCGAUCUCCUCGUACCAAGCGAUUCGCUCUCCUUGACUCAAUUGAAUCAGAGGACAAUACAAAACUAUCCGGCAAGAAUGACAAGCUUCUGAAACUCGAUUUCGCCGCUGUCGCAAAGGCUGCGGGUCUAGUAGGGAAGGAAGCUAAAACCAAAAAGAAACAUCCUCAUCACCAUAAUAACCACCAUCAACAUCACGAAACCAUGAUUGCCGCCUCUGAGAUGCCUUCUGCCUUGCAAUCUCCCAAUCAAUCGGGUGAAACAUCGCAACUCACUUCUCCCAAACCGAUGACAGCACCAUUCACACAUGAACCUUCUCCUGUCUUAAUACCUCCCGCGUCUCAAAAGCCUGAAAUGAAACUGAAUCUUGCUACGUUGGCUUCUCAGGUGAUGCAACGAAUUAUACCGGAGACAGGCGGACGUAAAUCUCCAGCUUUGACAGCUAAACGGCCUCUUGAUCUGAAGAUGACGGAAAAUUCUUCAGCCGCCCCAACGGAUCCUUCGAAAAUGUCUGUAGACGAGUUACUGCUUACAAUAGAACAGCACGAUUCGCUGAGAUCGUCUAUCAUCCAUUCGACAUUAGAAGAGGAGGAAACAUUUGUGAGGAGAACUAUCGCAUUAAGAAAGGAACUUCAUAAUGUUAUAUCAAGCGGAAAAUUGGUUCCUGCUCGAACAGUCAAAGUCGAUUCAAAACAAGCCAAAGGUAUCAUAGUAGUCAUGACUCCAAACGGAUCGACUCGACCUCAUGUUGGCGUAAGAGCUAAACGAGCUGAUUCAAGGGUAUUUAUCAAGCUGGUCGAAUUUGAUAGGUCCCUUCUCUCAAAUGCUGGACGAAGUUCCUCCUUGCUUCCCGAACACAAUGGAAUAGACGACAAUGCAUUGAUCGAUAAGAUUACAGCGGAGCUACCUAUUAGAGAUCUGAUUAUAAGAAGUUCAUGCGUCAGAAGUGUCUUGGAGGUUCAACAAACUAGUAUCAAUUUUGGUGGUUGCGAUAAAGGAGAAGUUAGGGAAAAAACCAUUGUGAUUCACAACAAAUCCGACACAAUAGGUCUCUUCAGACUUCGGACUUCCGGUUCCAUAGCAUCUGGUGACUUGAGACUUGGUUUAGGUCGUUAUGGUGUUAUAUCGGCGUUUGGUCGAAAAGAAGUCGCCAACUUUUCAUUUACUCCUUCUUUGGUUGGAAAUUACCAAGAAACUAUCACUGUCGAGAACGUUUUAGACAAUUAUAAUGAUCAAGCCGUUGCUGUCAAAGCUGUCGUGAGGAAAAUUCCAGCAUUCAAAGUUGAACCAUCAUCAUUGGAUUUCGGUAUCGUAUCUUUGAAUGCUAUAGCCUCGACAUCAAGAUCAUCAAUAUACGAUUCAAUCGAAAAAUCGAAUAAUACUAAGGGUAAAGGCAAAAACAGAGAUAAAUCGAAUUCAUGGCCUGAAGCACAGUCGUUCGUUCUAACAAACGUGUCAAAACAUGAAAGGACUUUUGUCAUCUCCAUUACUGGAAUACCUGGUAAUUUUUUCGCUGAAUUGUCCUUGACAAGAGAUGAAAAAGAUGCUGGUAUAGCAUUGUCAAAAAAUGAAGAAGAUGAAGUGGAAGGAUUAUUACAGAAAAUGAAAAUCGCAAGAAGGAAAGGGAAACCUGAGAAAAUAGCCAAAUAUCAAGCUCGACUAGAUGAAUUAGGUGUAAAUAACCCUUCUGAAGAUGGCGAUCAAAGUCAAAAUGAGGAGAACGAAAAUGAACACACAGAUAAAGCAGGAAAUGGUGCUGCUACACCUGGCAUCGGUGCUAAUCCUGCAACAGAAAGCGAACCUCAAUUCCCAUCAGAUCCAACACCCUCUAUAACAACAAGCACUGAAACUGCUCUUCCGGUAGAACCGAAGAACUCCUCCAAGACUUGUACAACCACAUUAAGUCUUUCACUUGGUCCCAGCCAAAAGACCAAAAUCCUCGUUGAUCUUAUUCCUCAAUUGCCACGAACAAAUAAUCCCGUCGGUGAAAUAACUGGCAGUAAAAGUGGAGGUGGAGGUGCAAACGUCACAAACGCAGACAUCAAGACUACCAUAACCGUUCACGACAAGCGAAACACAGAUGAGACUGUAGGUAUAUCAGUCGUUGCAAUCAAACAAACACCCGAAAAUACCCAAAAGGAAUCGUUGGAAAAGGCAGUCAAAAUGGCUGAUAGAGCUAAGAAUACUACAACAGAUUCCCUCGCUCUAGCAUUGAUGCAACACUCACUCGAUCUAACUUUGAACUGUGAAGUGUCACCUACAGCCUUCUGUGUCGGUUCUACAUUAUACCUUCCUUCUUCUUCUUCUCAUUACACUCGUCUGGUCAACACCGGCAAAUUCAACGUUUUCCCUUCUGAAGCCAAUCAAGGAUUGAUACUGGGUGAUGGAUGGAGUCGACAGAUUCCAGGGAACACACAUGCCGAAGCGAACGCUUUGACUAAUUUCAGAACGAAAUACGGCGAGUUACAAGCUUCUUUCGGUGGCUGGGGAAGUAGUAGCAGCAAUACCAACCUAGCUUCACUCGGAAAUCAAGAUAAACAAGAGAGUGAUGCCGAAAGAAGUAGCAAAAUCAAUGGUGGAUUACCGAAUAUAGAAGAAGUAUUGAAAGAUGCCGAUUGUUAUGCUACAAUGGAACCUUGUUCAGUAAGAACUUCAGGUGGACCCAGUUGUGCACUGGAAUUAGUAAGAGCGGGCGUUGAAGCUGUCUACCUGGGAGUCGAAGAACCACCAGAUUUCGUUCAGUGCGAAGGGGUGAGAAUACUCGAAGAUGGAGGUGUCAAGGUGAUACGUACAAGUGGAUUAGAAGAAGCUUGUUUAAAAGCCGCUCGUAGAGGUCGAAAUUAA